AAGGCCUCAGUAAAUAUUUGUUGAAUUGAUGCAGGAAGGCAGUGGUCCUGGAUUGUAAUUGUAUGUCCUCAAAUUUUAAUUUAAUAUACUUUAAAAAUGUAAAGGCUUGGCCAGGCACAGUGGCUCUUGCCUGGAGUUCCAGCAAUCUGGGAGGUUGAGGCAGGUGGAUCACAGGUCAGAAGUUCCAGACCAGUGUAACCAACAUGGAGAAAUCCCGUCUCUACUAAAAAUACAAAUUAGCCAUGGGUGGUGGUGCAUGCCUGUAAUCCCAGCUACUCGUGAGGCUGAGGCAGGAGGAUCACUUGCAGUUGGGAGGUGGAGGUUACAGUGAGCCGAGAUCGCACCAUUGCUCUCCAGCCUGGGCAACAAGAGCAAAACUUCAUCUCAAAAAAAAAAAAAAAAAAUGGUAGAGGCUUGCAGAGUCAGAAGUUGCUGUUUUGUUUUAUAGUGCUGUGUAUGUGUUUCCCUCUACUCUGUAGUUUCCAGAGGCUUAUUAAAAACGGAACUAAAAGAAGUAUGUGGGAUUCUGUUAGGAAAUCAGUUUCAAUCUGUGCUCUUUGGCCGUUGAGUGCUGAGCUUAGAAGCCUGCCAGAUGGGGACAUAAGAACCAAAUCACCUUUGCUUCCCAGUGGGGAACAGGGGCGUAAAUUGGCUGAAUGGGCUUCUGUGGUAAAACUCCUCCAACUUGAGCUUGUGUAAGCCAGGAUCAAAAUACCUGAGACUUGUUGAGACUUGUCUAUACUGUUGAUUAAACUUUCAAACCUGUUUGGGAAGAAGGCUUGGAACAACAGUGGGUUUGGGUCUUGUGCAGUAAAUCCUAUUAAAAAGAAAUAGACAAAAUCUUAAUCAUGUUUAAUUUGUAACAAUAUAGGUAAGACUGUUGGUUGCUGUUGUAAUGAACUUAAAAAAGAAUAGAGAAUGUUUUUUUUCCUUAGAAGUUCCAGGUUUAAUGACGAAACCCUGUCUUACUAAAAAUACAAAAAUUAGCCAGGUGUGUGGCCUGGCGCCUGUAAUCCCAGCUACUCUAGAGGCUGAGGCGGGAGAAUAGCUUGAACCCCAGAGGCGAAGGCUGCAGUGAGCUGAAAUCGCACCACUGCAUUCCAGCCUGGGCCACAGAGCAAGACUGCAUGUCCAAAAAAAAAAGAAGUUCCAAGUUCAAUAUUCUCAACUUUCCCCUCGGGGCUGAGAGCUCCUGGGUGAGGUUUCUAAGUCUCCAUCCUCUCAGAACUCCUAUCUCUAACUUCUUCGUGCAUGAUCGGAGGGGCCUGAAGUCACUGCUGAGUCACAGGAAUAAGCAAGAAGGGAAUGACACACUUCCUGCCACAAGUUCUAGGGAGUUUUUAUGGUUUGUUUUUCUGUUUCUCUUUGAAGAUUCCCUGAAAAGACAGAAGGUUGCCCUAGCUGUCUCCUGAUUAGCAGCCUCUAUUUGUUUAUACAAUUUCAUAGGAUAUCCUCUCUGCUAUACUUGUAACUCACAGGCUUUUUGAAACUUCUUUUCCUUAUCACAACGGUAUUACAUGUUUGCGUAGUGUAUUUAUCUACUACAAUUCGAUCAAUAAAAAAAGAGGUAUUCCUUAUUGUUAUUAAAGAGAAAAAAAUAUAUUGUGAAUAUCAUCAUUUCAGGCUUUUUUCUGUGUGCUUAUAGUUUUCUCUUUAAAAAUUAUAUAUGGCUUAAUAUAAUUUCUUUGCCUUUAUUUAUUGUUUUGUAGCCUUUCUGAAGAGUUCUCAUGUUAUUAAUACUCUGCAAGAUCAGUUUUAAAGAUUGCAUUACUGACCAGGCGCAGUGGCUCACAUCUGUAAUCCUAGCCCUUGGGAGGCUGAGGCAGGAGGAUUGCUUGAGGCCAGCAUUUCAAGAGACCAACCUGGCCAACACAGCGAGAGACUGUCUCUAAAAAAGAAAAAAAAAUUGCAUAUAGAUGUGCCGUAAUUUACUUAAUCAGUCCCCAUGUGGAUAGUAGGGCUCUAAAAGUUUUUAUAUGGGGUCAUUGCUAUAACCCGCAGAGCUUUCUUGCACCACAGCUGUCCACACUUGUCUCUAUUUCACUGGAUGUAUUCCUGUAACUAGCUCAAAGGCCCUGUGGAGUUUUAAAGUUUUUUAUCUUUAUUGUCACUUUGCCUUCCAGAUAUUUGUUCUGUUUUUCAUUUCUGCCAUAUAACAUAAACUCCUUACCAUGUCCUAUAUGGUCUACAUAUUCUGGCCUUUGGCUAACUCCCAACUGCUUCUCAUACCUUUCCUCCCCUUGCUUCUGUCACUGUAGCCCAGCAGCUCCUCUCCUCUCCUUCCCUGAAGCAUGCCAGGCUUGUCCUAUCUCAGGAUGUAGCCCUUGCUCUUUAUACACAUUAUUCCUGUGGCUUUCAGCAAAUACCUCCAAUGCCACUUCUGCUAGAGUGGGCUCUGUCAGAACCCCCUAUUUAUUUUUGCUCUAGCACCUUUCACAGUCCGUCCUUUGUUUAUGUGUGUGCUUACUGGACUGCCACGUCUUUUUCCCAUUGAGGUUAGUUUUGCAAGACAGGCAACCUCAUAUGUUUCAUUUCCCAUGUCCCCAGCAUCUAAGUCAAUGUCUACUAUUCAGUAGGUACUGGGUAAAUGCACGUGGAUUCAUUCAUGCUGAAUGAAUGAAGAAAUCUCCCUGUCAUCUAAGAGUGUGUGGUGUAGUAGGGCUGAUGAACUGUGUAUAGUGAUGGUUACCUCUUGGAGCAAAACAUGGCUAUCUCCUGGAGCAAAAUGUAGGAAAUGCUGUAAGUGUGCAAAUAUCACAGAGAUGCAGGAGUGGGAGCCAGUGACUGGCUACAGUGUCAUGAAAGGGUUCAUCUGAGCGGAGCCUUGGGAGAUUGGCAGUGUUUUGCAGCUGGUGACUAUGGAAAGGACCCAAGGGGCUGAAGAAAGUGGGUAAGCAGAGGCCCAGAGGCAAAACAGUGAAGCACAGCAGGGGCAGGACUGUGGACUGCUUUAAAUCCUGUGUUGACUCAUGGACUCAGACCCCUGAGCAGCAGAGAAGCAUUGCGUGUUCCUCAUCAGAGGGUGACAUGGUGAGUGAGGAUACGGAAGUACUUUUUAAACUAAAUUCUAGGUACACAUGGCGAUGUUAGGGUGAUCAGGCUGUGCUUCAAGAAGAUGUACCAUGAGGACAACUAAGUAAGAGGAGCAGGAAGUUCCAGCCAGAGGAUGAGGCUGAAGGGGGUUGGGAUGAUGGGGCUGUAAGUGAGGAGAAGGCAGAGGAGCGUUUUGGAGCUGGGGAAGAGGGAGAGUGGGACCCACGAUGACACUGAGGUUUUGGUCUGAGUGACUGAUGGGAAGAUGAGAUCUGGAGCCCUAGGACAGAAGCUGUUUUGAAGUAAGAACACUUAUGAAUUUAGUUUUCACUGAAUUAGUAAUCCUCUUCCGGAUUAAACCAGUCCAUGUGCCCUCCUUUAUCCUGAAGGGGCUUGGGUGACAAGAAGAUAGGGAAGGGGAGACGAUAGUAUAAACCACAGGAUGGGGGCUCGAGCUCCCAUGGCCUCUUCUUCCUUUGUAAGAAAAGGACUGCAUUUUUGGAAAGGGGAAAUGGGGCUCCAACUCCUUUCCAGGGGAUGAGAUGUUUCCUGGAAAUGUCUGUUCUCAGGCCCCCAUUGGGAAGGAUUUGCCACCAGCCUUGUUGUUGGGUAAAUUUGUUCAUGUUGUUAGGCUGAGGAGAGUGGGGGCGGAUGUGUGUUGACUGUGGAGCACAUGAACAUGUGGGCUCAGGAUACAAAUGGGAAGAGGCCCAGAACUGGGUGACACAUCAUAUUUUUCCCACAGACAUUCAAAAAUGAUGUGUGCUUUUCUUAGGAGAAAACAUGAAAGGGAAAUUACUCAAGGCAUGUUAUAAUUCUGAUUGCUCUCUAAAUUGAAAAGGUUUUGUUGUUGUUGGUUUGUUUUUGCUUUUUGAGACAGUCUCACUCUGUUGCCCAGGCUGGAGUGCAGUGGUGCGAUCUCUACUCACUGCAAUCUCCACCUCCUGGGCUCAAGCGAUUCUCCUGCCUCAGCCUCCCGAGUGGUUGGGACCACAGGAAGCCACUACUACUCCUGGCUAAUAUUUUUAUUUUUGGUAGAGAUGGGGUUUCACUGUGUUGGCCAGGUUGGUCUCAAAUUCCUGGCCUCAAGUGAUCUGCCCACCUCGGCCUCCCAAAGUGGUGGGAUUACAGGUAUGAGCCACCUUGCCCAGGCUGGAAAGGUUUUUGAAACUUACUUUUCAAAAAAAAAUUGGUUUGAAAAUAGCCACAUGGGUAAAACUACAUAAUGAGAAAGCUCUCUGUCUUCUAGAGAGGGAAUGGAGAAUAGAAGUGCUUGGCUGGCAUUCUUCGGAAUGUUGUCUUUUCAAGAAACCACCUUCUAUUGCCUUAAAAACGAAAGGAGGUUUAACACAAUGCAAAUGGAAAUGAGAAGGGGUGAGGCACGGAUGAGAAGACAGCAGAACUUGGUAAAUGAGUGACCACCCAAACCAAGAGAGAAAUCAGUGACGACUGAGUGACAAGGUUGUGAAGGGAGCCAGAGAGGUUAAAACAGAAAAAAAUAACAGGUUGGUGAUGGAGGGAAGAUGAGAAAUUUAACUUGGGAAAUAUCAUACAUGGCCUUAUUAACCAGAAUUUCUAGAAAUUUACAAAGAAAUUUACCUUACAAUUGGAUAGUUUUUCUUGGCAAAUUGAGAGUUUAAUUAGUUUAGUAUUUUAUUACUAGGGAUCAUGUUCAGUUUUACAUGAGGUUUUGCAAUGGAAUGAUGCUAUAAAAUGUCAGGCCUCUGUUUAUAUUCAGUUCAGUAGAGAAUAAACCACAUUUAAGUGCCAGCAUAUUUAUUGCAGCCAGCACUCAGUGUUUCCUUGCUUUCUAAAUGUUGAUUCUGUGUUUUCAUUGGUAGUGUAGGUGUGAAGAGAGACUUGAGCAUGAAUCAUAGGAAGACAGACGUAGAUGCUCAUUCAGCAGGCCUAGGGCCCAGCGAGUGCCGCAGCUGUGCUGCUCACAGCUAGUGGUGGGAUUCUGGGCAAGUCUUUCAGUCUCCUUGGAUGGCCUUGUUUUCCUUGCUUGUGAAAUGAGGUUAGAUGGUAUCAGCGGUCUUGCCAACACCCAAGUUAUGUGAUUCUGAGAGAAAUUAGAAGACAGUCUUCUUUUUUUUUUGCUUCUAACAAUAACAUUUUUUAUACAAUUUAUACUUAAAACAUAGAAACAAGUACAUGAUAGAAAGGCCUACCUUCCCACGUUUACCUUUUGUGCAGCGCGUUUGGGUGGGCAGCCUGAAUGGCAGCUGUGGUGAUGACAGACGUGAGCGAUCUCUGCCCCAGUGCUGGCCCUCAGCAGCAGUGUGAACAUACACCGCUUAACUCAUCACUCUACCUGGCCUUGGGAUUUAUUUUGCCUUUCUAUUAAAUGUAAAGCUAUUCUUCCUAUUUUCCAUGUAGUCUGUUUUUUGUGCUUUUUGCCUGGUGAAUCAUGGAUGCUUUCGUGAUACGAUAUGAAGACAAAAAAGCCAGCAGAUGUAGGCUCAUAUUCCAGCAUUCUGCUGAACAGAUAUGUUACCUUUAUGGAGCUGGGUUUCCACACCUAUAACCUGAGGAUAACAAUGCCCACUUCCCAGGGUUUUGGCAAGGACUGAAUGGACGACAGUGAGAGCACCAUGCACACUGUGGACAUUUGCAGGUGCUUAGCAGCAGGAUUUCCCCAACCUUGUCUAAACACGGACCAUGCAAGGCCAUGUCUAGACAAGGUUGGGGAAAUCCUGUGCUGUGCAAGGCCUCCUUUAUGUGAGAAGUUGGGUCUGACCAUCCGCCAUCUCUGUUAGAACAUCUGGAAAAUGCUUCUGAGCACAUUGUUUAUCUCACGCACUGCGUCUCCUGGAAUAAUUCCUUCUCAGCCUGCCUUCUUCAUGCUUCACCAAUGACUCCUUCCUCUUCAACGAAGAGGAGAGAGACAGAGAGGAGUAAGUUGAAUAGAGGAGGGGGAAGCUCUGAUUAGGGCUGUGGUGUAGGGAGGCCAUUGAAAGAGUUGGCAUGGGUGUGAUUCAGCAUGGGAGGAGCGUAUGGAGAGAACUGAUGGGAAGAAAGAAAAGUUGAACAGGAAGAAAAUGAAAUUAAUCUUGGCAUUCAUGGCAUUAAGCACUAGGGAUUAGGGAGUAUCCUGGGAAUGCCAAAGCAUAAAGGUCAAGGUGUUUUGUAGACAUUUCCAGUUUUGUCUGAGGCUGUAGAAUUAGAUGAAAUAAACAAAUUAAAGUAUCUUUUUUUUUGCAGGCACAAAAGUCUCACUCUUGUGAUGAUUUUGUUGAAUGUGCUACUAAUAAGGAUGUGGGUAGCUGUGAAGGAAAUAUUUUUCAUGGGGUAUGUGAAAAGCAAUUGAUGAAACUAGGCCAGUGAGAGUGUGUGUGUCUAGAGAUUGUUCUGGGAGGGCAGGGGUUAGGCCUCAUGGCCUCUCCUCUCAGCCCUGCCCUAUUGCGCAGGGCCCUGUUGAAUAUGCUGCUUAACCUUCUACUCUGCCACUCGCUUUGGAAACUGGGAUUGCCACCCACUUUCACUGGGCGUGCGGGGAGUGAAAUGAUUUAAGUGAGAGUCUCUUGCUCUGAGAUGCCAAGAUAAGCCCGAGUACACACACACACGGAAGAGAAGGAUCUGGUUUUCUCAUGGCCACCAUCGUGCAUUUGCAGAGAGAUAGAGAAGAAUACCAGAUAAGACAGCCCCAGACUUCCCUCAUGACAGCUUAUUUGGUAUUAUUGUGACACUCCAGAGUACCUCCAUGACUGACAGUGUCAGUUGCACUCUCAGGGUUUGGGGGUUAGGGGUUGGGGUGCAGAUUAGCUUUUUGCUUCUGCUACAGAGCUCUGCUCACCAAGAAAAAGGCCAAGAGCCACCUGUUUUCCUGAGUGCAAAUUGCCUUUACAAAGCUGGGUCUGGACAGAUUCUUUUGCCACUAGAGGCCACCAGGCAGGGCUGGAAGUCCCAGCUGCCUGCUCUCUCUGCCUUGCCUUGAAGCAUGGGUGAUGCAUCCGUAUUGGGGGACCAUCACAAUGUUGAUCCCUGAGCCUACCUAGAGUGUCUUAAUUCAGGAGUCCUAGGGAAGCAUGGAAAUUCUGUGCAUAGUCAUGUCUACAAAGGCAUCUUUGUAGAGAUUAACUUUUUUUUUAACAUAAGGCUAUUCUGUAAGGUUUGACUGCUUCACAAAUAUUUAUUUGAGAGUCUCCUGGCUCUUUAGCCUCUGUCUGCAACUCUCUUUUCUUCCCAAAUAUAGUAGGAUAUGCAGAAUGCUAACUGCUGGGACUGGUUUAAACAGCACACUUUGAAUAGAUCCAGGGAUAACCUGGGCAUUCUAGUUUCAAGUGAGAGAAGAGGAGUGUCUUAGGGAAAUGCCUGUGCAGAUGCUUUCCUUUUUAUUCUCCUAUUUUUGGAGAACUCUCUCCAAAACGAGUUAUUUCCUGCUGGGUGUGGAGAUGCCUACCAGAUACCUGAGGCUACCAUGUGCAGCCUUCUCUGCCCUUGCCUGGUGUCGGGACCUUGCUGGUACCUCCCUGACUGGGCCUGGAGUGUGCAUAAGGACCCUGCUGUGAUGGUGGGAGUUGUUUUCACAUAGGACUACAGGAGUCUUCCUCCAGCCUUCUCUUCCCCUGGCUUCACUGGACUGCCCCAUCUUCCCCCAGCAGAAAUGGAAAGAGUGGUUCCUGGUGACCACCUAGCCAAGCAGCCACCACUGAGGUCACAUUUUAGGGAAAUGUGAGGGGCCUGUUCCUCUGUUUAGAUGCAGCAUUUCUGUUCUUUGUAACUUACUCUUGGAAUUGCCAGUGAAUCACGGCCUGGGAAGUUCUUGUGAUUUAGAGUCUUGCACUUCCAGGAAGAGUUUUCUCUUGAUGCCUUCUUUGACCCUUAGUCCCUGAUAAAGUUUACAUGGCAUGAAAGGCCAGUCAGAAUUUGGGGGGUUAACACAAAAGAACACAAAAAUAUUGUUUCUAAGUUAUAAAUUGGUAUAAACGUCAUAUCUCUAUGAGUUAGUCACCUGAUAAUGUAGGCCAAAGAAAACAGGAAAUGUAUAGAUAUGUUUGUAAAUUGAUGUUGUUUUGGUAUCUCUUUUGACCUCCUUCCCACAUUAGUAUUUGGCACUUGAUUUUAAUUUAGGUCAAUAAUAAUACUCAUUACUGCUUGAGAACUCUGUGUGCAUCAGGCAAUAUGUUAUUUGCUUCACAUAGUUCUCUUUAAAUCUUAAUAGCAAUUCUGUGAUGUGAUUCUCAUCUUACAGAAGUGCAAAAUUGCUCAGGGCUGUUAAAUAACUUGCAGGUCUACAAACCAGAAAGUGGCAUAAAUAGACUCUGAACCAGGCCUUGGAGAGUGUGUCCAUUACCGUCCAUGUUUUUUGCCAGGUGCCUGGUUCAUUCGAGGUGGAGUGUUAUUGCUACAGAAUAUAGAAAUUAAGUCAAGAAGCUUAUCAUGUAGGGAGAGUAAGAUAGAUAAACAACCGAAGAUAAUACAAGGACAGCUGUGAUAGAUACCAAAAAAGUGUAAGCAAGAAAGGUCCACUGAGGGGCUAAGGGAAGAGGUUGAGAUCAUACACACCUAAUUGGGGUCACCCAGGAAAAGUCUUUUUAGAAGUGGUGCACUUGAGGUGGGCCUCAUAGGACUGGCAGAAUCUUACUUGUGGGGGUGGAUAAGGAAAGAUUUGUGGGUAGCAAUGACUGCCAGAUGCCCAGGUAAAUAAACGGGAUCCUAAAGAAACUAUUAGAUUGUAUAUAUGCAUGUAUGUGUAUGUGUACACAUGUGUAUUGUGUAUGCCUGGAUACACUCACAGUUUUGUUAAUUAUGAAAACCUUCUAUACUCUUCCAAAGCAAAAGACUAAUGACUAAGUAGCAACGUUGUCCAAACUGUGUUCUCUAGUUCUCCUGAGAACAGAAACACCUCUGAGCAAUACUUAAUAGACGUUCGUGUUUAUACAGGUAGGAAUGAGGUGUUUUUUAAAUUUUCUUUUCUUCAGGCAUCUGUGAAUGAGGCCUCUCCCUUUUUGUUGUUUUUUAAGUAUCUGUUUCUAUUUUCUAGCAUGUUGAAACAUUAGACUUCCUGUUUCUGCUUGAUUCUGAAUAUACUCCUGUUUGCUUGUCACAGGUAAUCUUGAGUUUCUAUGUAGCUGUAGUUUACAGGGAGCAAGUGCAGGCAGCAACCAGUCCAUCUCUGUCGUGAAUGUGAAGACCUCUCUGGACUUACAAUUAAAGGCUACAUAAUGCAUUCCACUACAAGUGACGAAACCCAGCUCCCAGAAUAACAAGCAAGACAACUUUUCAAAGUGACUGUUGUUGACCAGUGCCUUCUGUGCAUUUGUAUGGUAAGCUUAAGGUAGAUUUUUCAAAAGGAUAGUGGAAAUUAUUCUGUAUUCUUCUUGAGAAGGACUGAGUCUCCCUGAGGUGAUGCAGGCGCCGUAGCGCACACAUCAACAGGGUGGUCGCGUGCUUUCCUCAAGUCUGUGUGACUCUACUAAGAUACUGUGAAGUUGUCCUUCUAAUUGUAUACAGGGAGAAAAUGCUGAAACUAGUGGCCACAGAUGUCUUUAAUUCCAAAAACCUGGCUGUUCAGGCACAAAAGAAGAUCUUGGGUAAAAUGGUGUCCAAAUCCAUUGCCACCACCUUAAUAGAUGACACGAGCAGUGAGGUGCUGGAUGAGCUCUACAGAGUGACCAGGGAGUACACCCAAAACAAGAAGGAGGCAGAGAAGAUCAUCAAGAACCUCAUCAAGACAGUGAUCAAGCUGGCCAUUCUUUACAGGAAUAAUCAGUUUAAUCAAGAUGAGCUAGCAUUGAUGGAGAAAUUUAAGAAGAAAGUUCAUCAACUUGCUAUGACGGUGGUCAGUUUCCAUCAGGUGGAUUAUACCUUUGACCGGAAUGUGUUAUCCAAGCUGUUAAAUGAAUGCAGAGAGAUGCUACACCAAAUCAUUCAGCGUCACCUCACCGCCAAGUCACACGGACGGGUUAACAAUGUCUUUGAUCAUUUUUCAGAUUGUGAAUUUUUGGCUGCCUUGUAUAAUCCUUUUGGGAAUUUUAAACCCCACUUACAAAAACUUUGUGAUGGUAUCAACAAAAUGUUGGAUGAAGAGAACAUAUGAGCACAUGAGUUAAGAUUGUGACUGAUCAUGAUUUAUUUGAAGAUGGAGCACUGCUGAUUUAUGAAGGAAAAAAGAAUUUUCUAAAGAUUACAUGUAUUUCAGAAAGACUUUGCCCAAUUCAGUUGUCAGACAUAAUGAUUUAUUUGAAGGCUUGUUUUAUUUGAAGAAAAGCAUAUUUCAAAAAACUCUGGUUACAAGCUUCCUAACGGGUAACAGACCAUGGGAGAGAUGUGUGGUUAGGUAAUGCAAAUGUAAUUAUACAAAGAAAAAUAGAUAUGGCUCCAGACCUAAACACUUUUUUAUAGGGCAAUUGUUGUGUUGGUGGCACAUUGGAUAUUUCUAACAUGUACAAACUUACGUAUUUUGAUUUACUUUCAUUUCUUGCUAUGUAUAUGUACUUUUCUUAAAACGCCAAGAACUUUCUCAGGCUAUCAUUGCUCCUUUUGAAACAAUCCAAUUUUCAUGUCUACGGCUGCUUGUUUUGUUAAAAAGAAAAUGGCUUAUCUGAAAUCAGUACUGUGGAAAUUAACUCUAUUAGCUAUUAUGAAUAAUGUCCAAUAUAAGAAUAUGCUUCUGGAAUUGAGUUCUGCUUUUAAGUACCAAUGAUACUUAAGCUUUUCAAAAAUGUAAUGGUGUAUCAUUGCCUUGAAAUGCUUGCUUAGGGCUUCUUUUAUGUUAUCUUAAAAUGUGCUGGUGAAUUCUCCAUUUUUUACAUCCAUUUCACAUGUAAGAGACAAAAAAUCUAGAUUGGUCUUGAUAUUGGGAUAAUAAAAAGUAAGUAGCAUUAAGAAAGGUAAAACAACCUUCAUUUUACAGAUGAACUCAUUAAAACAACGUAGGGGAAUGAGGGGCAAAGGGGAGAAAAUACAUUGCUAAAGAACAUGAGCAUAAAAAUGAGUGCAUUUCAGUGUUUAAGAAGGUUUGAUAAAGAAUGUCACUUUUUUAUUUAACUGAUAAGGUUUUUGUUAUUUUUUACUUUGAUAAGUAAACCAAAAAAUAUUUGCAUUUCAAGCAGUUUGUGUGUCUCUAUAUAAUUUUCUGUGUAUAAAUAAUAAAGUGGGCAUUUGCUUAUUUUGUAAAAAAGAAAUGAAAAUCUGCUGGCCAGCUAUGUCCUCUAGGAAAUGACAGACCCAGCCACCAGCAAUAAAUAUUUGCAUUAUCACUGUGUCUAUGAUUUUUUUUUUUUUUUUGACACAGUGUCUCGCUCUGCUGCCUAGGCUAGAGUGCAGUGGCAUGAUUUUGGCUCACUGCAACCUCCGCCUCCCAGGUUCAAGCGAUUCUCCUGCGCCUGCCUCCCAAGUAGCUGGGAUUGUAGGCAUGCACCACAACACCCAGCUAAUUUUUAUAUUUUUAUUCGAGAUGGGGUUUCACUAUGUUGGCCAGGCUCCUGACCUCCAGUGUUCUGCCCACCUCAGCCUCCCAGAGUGUUGGCGUUACAAGCCUGAGCCAGUGUGCUCGGCCAGUUACUGUGUCUAUGAUUUAGUGUACUCUCUUGCCUUAAAUUUGCCUGCCUCCCAGAAUAUUGACAUUAAAAUAAUAGUUUACCAGGAAAGGUUCCACAACUGAAAAUUCCAGAAGUUGAGAUCUGCUCUAACCCAUGUCAGCCUAGAGGGGGCAGUUUCUCUAACACCCUCAUUUGCUUGGCUAAGAGAAGCAGCAAAGGUGUAGAGUGUCUCCCUGUUUGAUAUUAAAUCCUGACACUAAAAUUUGAACUGAAAGUACCAUUCUCACUUCCUAGAGCCAGUAGAUGGGCAAUAUAUGCUGUAACAAUGUUAUAUGUAAAAUUUCCAGUGCCACAAGAGAAGUAGCACUUGAAUAUAAAUUUCCUUAGCAAGGCAAUUUACUUAGAUCGAAGGGUGCAGCUCACAGAUGGAACAAUGGUGAGUGCACACUUGGACAAGGGAGGGAAAGGGGUACUUAUUCCUGACAGAGGUUGCCCCCACUGCCGUGUUGUUCCCCUACUGGCUAGGAUAAGACUGCAUAGUCUAGACUAAUCCCGAUUGGCUAUUUUAAAGAGAGUCAGGGCAUGAGCCUGAGUGGCAGGGUGUGCAGUUUGUUGGGAAGGACGAUUACAGGCAGAGCAAGUAACCAGGGGUGUCCUAGGUCAAAGCGGGUGACCAGAAUGAGUCAGGACAAAGCAAGGGACUGGGGGAACAGAUGUGAACCUCUGAAUAGAACUGGUGGAAAAGGUUGUUUACUGAAACUACAAGGAAGUUAAACUUUAAUAUGGAGGACAAAGAACGGAACAUACUGACAUACUGAUUCUUUGAAGAGAAACUUGUAUGUCUAACAAUAAUAACACAGUGACUACAGAAUUGACCCCUCUAGCUUCAUAACUUGCUGAGUGGCUUAUAAAUGGAGUUCAGCAGCCGCCUUUGAGCAGCUGUUUUCUUCACAUGUGAAGGCUGAGAGUGUGAUGGAGGGUGAGCUACUGCCUGGAUAUGUUCUUUCUGCAGAUCUUAGCAGAGGUAUGGGAAAUGAAGGGCCUGGCCAGUCGAUGGAUGCUUCUUGCUCAUUCUCUAGCUAUAGACAGGACCAACCAGAGAGAGAAGACAUACAGAGGGAGAAAUCUGGAUCUAUGGGCAUGCUGGAUCAUAGGGUUGUGCCAGCAGCCUAGCAAUCAAAUGUGCAUGGGAUUCAGGGAGCAACGCUUCAUCUCCCACAGAGAAGGCAGUGAGGAGUAGACUGAAGGAGGUAAUCCUGUUUGCUACCAUUUCUCAGCAUUUUCUGGAGGGGCCCCAUCACCUUACCAGUCCUGUGCCUGGAAAGCAUGCCUUGGAAGGAUCGGGUCCAAAGUUAUGAUUAGCAAGUUCAUUUCUAAUACAGUAGGACUCCCCUUGAGCAUUUAGGGUGGCAAGGAAUGUGGGAGCUGGGAAGAAUCCCCAUGUAUUUAGGGUAGAUAAAUCUAACCCAAGUUAAUACUAAUUUGGGCUCCUGUGAACCUUUUUAUAAAAUGGUAUGUCUUCACAUUUUGAAAGGAAAUUGUGUUGUAAUUGAUUUUAUUUUGUGCUGAUGGCUUCUCUGCAAAAAUUAUGAGUGGAUGAUAAUACUAAUGGACAGCUCACACAGUGUUUGUAUUAUGUGCCAGCCACAUUAACUCAUUUAAUUCCUGUCCCAGUCUUCACCAUUUUACAGAGAAGGAAACUAAGGCAAGAGAAGGAAUUUCCUGAGGUCACAGAGAAUAUGUAUAAAACCUUAUUUUCACUUGAAGAUGGUAUGGCUGAAGGCAGUUCUAGGAACAUCCUUGGCUCAGAGAAGUGUGGGCAGUAUGCUGCUGAAAUGGUUCCUCAUAUAGUGACAUUUUAGGCAGUACCUAAGUCAUGAUAGGUCUGGCCUGUUCUCUAAAGAUCUGGGUAGAUUUUGUACAAAGACAUUUUUGAAAGUUUUCAACAUGACUCCUACUUUGGGGGCAUCUUGUGGCUCAGCUUUCUGUCUCUUGAACUUCACUUCAAGGUGCUCACGAUGACUUUGAACAUUGACUUUUGAGGUGCAGUGAGCUCCUCCCCUACAGCAGUCUCUAGUGGCGGUGGGUUCAGAGGACUACAAGGCACUUCAUGUGCAUUCAUCAAGACAGACAAGGAAGCAGCAGUUCAGUACUGUGCUCCCCAGCGUAGGUGUGACAUUGUUUUCAAACUUCAACAUUGUUUUCCAGAUUUGGAGGCUCAAAAUAUUUGAGCAAGUAAGUUAAAAAAUAGCCUUUAUCUGAUUAUUAGGCCUUUCAUGUAAAACUCAAACUUAGUUUAAAAGUAAAGGAUGGGGCGGAUGUAGUGGCUCAUGCCUAUAAUCCCAGGACUUUGGGAGGCCGAGGUGGGCAGAUCUCUGGAGGUCAGGAGUUCAGCACCAGCCUGGCCAAUGUGGUGAAACCCUGUUGCUAGUAAAAGUACAAAAAGUAGCUGGAAGUGGUGGCAGGCAUCUGUAAUCCCAGCUACUCAGGAGGCUGACGGAGGAGAAUUGCUUGAACCUGGGAGGUGGAGGUUGCAGUGAACGAGAUCACACCACUGCACUCCAGCCUGGGCAAGAGUGAAACUCCAUCUCAAAAAAAAAAAAAAGGUAAAGCAUGAGUUAGGGACUUCAGUCAUACAGAAAUAUUGCUUUUUAAACUCUUAUAACAGUAUCCCAUUCACAAUUAUCUGGAAAGUUCUUUUCUUUUUCUCCCACCAUGUGAACACACACACAGACGAGCACACACACACACACACACAGUUUUUAAGCCCCCAAAGGCUUAAAUUAGUACUUUUUGUGGUUUGUACAAUUCAGUUGAAUUAUUACUAAGAAUUCUAAUUUAUCCUUGAGGUAAAGGAGAGUAUAUAAGCAGUUGCAAUUUAGCAUACAAAACCGAUAAAUGGUAAAUAAAAGAAUAUGUUUAUCCAAAUGAUGAAACAUUUGGAGUAAAAAGUGCUAUUCACUUGCUAGGAAAUUCAAAUACUCCAACGAAAACUUAUUUAGCAUGUCAAUAGGAACGAUAUUUACAAUUUUUAGUCAAUCUUGCAUUUCCACACUUGCAUUAUCUAAAUUAGCUGAACUUUUGAGUGUUUUACUUGAUAUAUUGCAUUCCUGAGUAUUAAACGUCUAUGUGAUUUGUUAAAGUCAUAGCAGGUUUUGGUACGCAGUGCUGUUUAUGACAAAAUUUUAUUCUACCUCUGAAGUAAUUAUAUUUUCUGUGAUUCAGAUAAAGACUUUAUUAAAACUCCCUAAUGAAAAUAUUGAAGCAUUAACCAGAAAAUGAGUCAACUUUUUGUUUCCAAAAUGAUACAACAGGAAAAUCUUUAAGUACUUAUGAUCCCAUAUAAUCACCAUCACCACAAAGUAUUAAAAGUCUGUUUUCUCUUUUACUAAGUGUCCUCACAGUCACUUAGGUAUACCCAAAACGAGAAAGAUAUUUUUAUCUCAGGGAAAUUCCAGAAAUGGAAACAUUUUUUUGUGUAAUAUUGAUUCAUUGCUGUCUAGCCAAAGAUGUGUUUUCCACAUAGCAAAGAACAUCAGCCCGUUAUAAGGAACAAGCCAGUCCCAAAUCGUACCAUCUGCUGACAAGUGAGCCGGCAUUCACAAUUAAGAGAAAAACAUCUGUGCUUUGGAAAAUGUUCGAGGAUAAAGAAUCGUGCUCUGUGUCCACCAAAUUUCCAUGAGAUCUUUACAAGAUUAGACAGCCAGUGGAAAAGGCCCCCCUUAUCUUUCUUCAUGGAUGGCUGAGGAAAUUCUCUGCCUCCCCAGCAUCAGCUGCAUAACUAUUUCCACCUCAUGAAAAUGAAGUAGCUGAUCAGGCACUUGGGGUUUGUUCUUAACACAAGAAAGACGAUUUGAUUUUUUAAAGUAUGUUUCGAUUUGUAAAAUGAUCUAAGACAAUAGGCUUCUCUCUACUCUGGCUUUUCCAUUCAAAAGCUUACAGAUGGAUUAAUUCAUUUAAAACUGCCUGAUGUGAAGUUGAAAUACAAGGCAUGGAAAUAAAAACCCAGAGUAUAAUUAGCUAUAUUGUUACCAUUAUCUGAGAUAACUGAUGUUUUAUAAGAGGCUCAGGUUUAAUCUUCCUAAAAAUGGAAUUUUAUCGGGCCAGCAAGAAUGACCACUUAGCCAUGUAAAUGACUUGUCAGCAUCUUUUGCUCCCUUCUAAGACCACUGGUUUUCACUAAAGGAUAAAUACCUGCUAAGCAAAUUAUGAGAUAGUCUAAGACAUUUAAUCUCCCAGAAGAGCACUUGCUGAUAAUUAGAUCAAAGUUCCAGCAUUAUUGCUCUUCCCGAAUCUUGCGGACUUGGUUUCCUCAUGACUGAGGAGUCACAUUUUUAGCUUGCUGAAAUACUCAUUGGAGAACAUGGUGAAAUCCACGAGUGGAAACAUUCCAUAGUAUUUUCAAACGCUAUGUGUCAGGAAUUUGGCAUGCCUUCCUCCGGGAGAUGCACUGGAAGGUGGCCAGGUGGAACCCAGUGGGGUACAGAGGGCAUGUGUGGGAGCAGUCAGGGAACCAGGACGUCCAGCUUCUAUCUGCCAGGGAGCUUGCUCAUGUUGUCUCUGAAAUUUGCAUAAAAGCAAUUACCUCAUUCUCAUUUUAUAGAUAAAAUUUUUUAAAAAUGUAGAAGGCUUCAAAGCCUCCUGAAGUCUAUUCCUAUAUGAGGUAUUGUUUACCAGUGGCCUUUCACUAGUUCCAAAUCAGCAAUGAAAAGAAGCCUGAGUCUAAAAUAAAUGAAGCAACAACUUCAGCAGCCCAAGAGAAUUUUGUUCAAUUCCAGUCUCCUUAAAAAAAAAUUAGUUUUUGCUUUCAAUUUAGGAAAAUUGUUUAGGGUUGAAUUGUUGAAAGUAAUGAUUUCUGGCAGCUACUUAUGUAUAAUUUCUUAAAGAAUUAAAUUCUGUCAUAAAU